AUGUCUACCAGCAACGGUGUGAAGCCCCAUCACAACCAAGGGAACUUCCUCUUUACCUCCGAGUCUGUAGGAGAGGGCCACCCGGACAAGAUUGCUGAUCAAGUUUCCGACGCAAUUCUCGAUGCCUGCCUCGCCGUCGACCCACUCUCCAAGGUUGCGUGUGAGACUGCCACCAAGACCGGUAUGAUCAUGGUCUUCGGUGAGAUCACAACCAAGGCCAAUCUCGACUACCAAAAGGUCAUCCGAAAUGCCAUAAAGGACAUCGGUUACGAUGACUCGAAGAAGGGUUUCGAUUACAAGACUUGUAACAUCCUGGUUGCCAUUGAAGAGCAAUCUCCCGACAUUGCACAAGGUCUGCACUACGAGAAGGCUCUCGAGCAAUUGGGUGCUGGUGACCAAGGUAUCAUGUUCGGAUAUGCUACCGACGAGACGCCAGAGCUUUUCCCCUUGACCCUUCAGUUAGCUCACAAGCUCAAUGCUGCCAUGGCCGCGGCUCGCCGAGACGGAAGCCUCCCAUGGCUCCGACCCGAUACCAAGACCCAGGUCACUAUAGAGUACAAGCACGACAAUGGAGCUGUAGUCCCAAUCAGAGUAGACACCGUUGUUGUCUCUGCUCAGCACAGCGAGGACAUCACCACCGAGGAGCUGCGCAAGGAGAUCCUGGAGAAGAUUGUCAAGAAAGUCAUCCCUGCCAACUACUUGGAUGAAAAGACCGUCUACCACAUUCAACCUUCGGGACUCUUCAUUAUUGGCGGACCUCAAGGAGAUGCUGGUCUCACUGGCCGAAAGAUUAUUGUUGACACCUACGGUGGAUGGGGUGCUCACGGUGGUGGAGCAUUCUCCGGAAAGGAUUUCUCCAAGGUCGACAGAUCCGCUGCGUACCUCGCCCGCUGGAUCGCAAAGUCAUUGGUCAACGCCAAGCUGGCUCGCCGUGCACUCGUCCAACUCUCGUAUGCCAUUGGUGUUGCAGAGCCACUUUCCAUCUACGUUGACAGCUACGGCACCUCCGAAAAGUCCUCCGCUGAGCUCGUAGAGAUCAUCAACAGCAACUUUGACCUCCGUCCAGGUGUCAUCGUCAAGGAACUUGACUUGGCCCGUCCAAUUUACUUCAAAACUGCCAAGAAUGGCCAUUUUACCAGCCAGGACUUCAGCUGGGAGAAGCCAAAGACCCUGAAAUUCUAA